UACUACUCAUAAUAACAACUGCAGUUUAUAUUCAGCUGGAUAUAGUUAAAUGACUUUAUUAUUGAAGCCAUCAUAAACUAGAAAUUCAAAUUGCUGCGUAAGAUAACUCGUUUGUUUUAAUAUCCUAAUAUCUCGAUAAAUUAUAUUUUAUGCAACAAAAAUUAGACAGCACGACAUUGUUUCACUUGCAAAUUUCAACACCACAAUUAAAUUAUACUAUUAGUAGAUCCGAAGCUAGAAUAUAUUCAUUAGCAACAAUAUUCUACGCCUACAAUUAACAUUUUGUGAAAAAUACUAACUGUUAUUCAAGAUGACUUCAGGACCCUAUAACUACUCAUACAUAUUUAAGUAUAUAAUAAUUGGAGAUAUGGGAGUUGGUAAAUCAUGCCUCUUGCAUCAAUUCACUGAUAAAAAAUUCAUGGCUGAUUGUCCUCACACUAUUGGUGUUGAGUUUGGAACGCGUAUAAUCGAAGUUGCUGGACAAAAAAUCAAGCUACAGAUUUGGGACACAGCUGGACAAGAAAGGUUUCGUGCUGUCACUCGAUCUUACUACAGAGGUGCAGCUGGAGCUCUUAUGGUUUAUGACAUAACAAGAAGAUCCACAUAUAAUCACCUUAGCAGCUGGCUGACAGAUACUCGUAAUCUGACUAAUCCUAGCACUGUGAUAUUUUUAAUUGGCAAUAAAUCCGAUUUAGAUGCCCAAAGAGAUGUUACUUAUGAGGAAGCUAAACAAUUUGCCGAUGAAAAUGGCUUGAUGUUUGUUGAAGCAAGUGCUAAAACAGGGCAGAAUGUCGAGGAAGCAUUUUUGGAGACCGCCAAAAAAAUAUACCAGAGCAUACAAGAUGGCCGGCUGGACUUGAACGCGGCGGAGUCGGGCGUCCAGCACAAGCCCGCGUCCCCGGGCCGCCCGCUCGCCGCGCCGCCCUCCUCGCGCGACAACUGCGCGUGCUAACUGACGACCAUCAUCACGCUUGCACCGUGAGCUAUGUUAACAUUGUUUUGUUCACAACGGAAUACCUAUGAAAUAUGAUCGCGACAUCAGUGUAAUUAAGCUACCGUAAAUGUUCUCAAAUAUUUGUUCAAAGACCGUUUGUUCAUUUACACCUAGACGAUAAGUACAUCAAUGCUAAAAUAGAUGUGGAGUCUGUGUCAGCAUAUAUUACGCUGCGGCGUAAUCGUGUCGGCGAAUGAAAAAA